GGUCCGGCUGGCCGUGCAGCUCCGAAGCCAUCGCUCCAGCCAUGAAGAUGCACUUCUGUAUCCCGGUGUCCCAGCACAGGCCCGACGCCCUGGGGAGCCGCUACGUGCUGUAUUCCGUGUACCUAGACGGCUUCUUCUUCUGCAAGGUACGCUAUAGCCAGCUGCAUCGUUGGAACGAACAGUGUUUUGGGAUCUUUCAGCUAAGGCGGGUCUUUGGAAACUGUCUGCCACCCUUUCCACCCAAGCACUAUCUGGCCAUGACCUCAUCUAUGGCUGAUGAGAGGAGGCGGCAGUUGGAACGAUACUUACAAGAUGUAACUGCGGACCCCAAUGUGUUGAGAAGUGAUGUCUUCGUUGAGUUUUUAAAACUGGUACAGCUGAACACAUUCAACACCGCAAUCAUGAAAGCUUUUCUAGAUAUAUUUCUGCCCAAUGGAAGGUGCGCGCGAGUGGAAAUUCUUACAUCGGAUACAGCUGAAAGAGUCCUAGAGGUGGUGUCACAUAAACUUGGACUAUGUCGAGAGCUCUUGAGCUAUUUUGGCCUCUUUCUCAUUCGGUUUUGCAAGGAGGGCAAGCUCUCUGUUGUGAAAAAGCUGGUGGACUUUGAACUCCCUUACAUCAGUCUUCAAAGUUGUGAAGUGGAAAACUGUAAGAUUGGCCUCAGAAAGUGGUACCUGGACCCGAGCCUCGAUGCCAUGCUGAUGGACUGCCAAGCAGCGGGAGACUUGCUGUAUAUGCAGGCAGUGCAGGACAUUGAACAAGAGUGGGCCAAACCCACACAGGCACAGAGGGAGGAAUUAGAGGCUCUUCAGAAGGAAGAGAAUCAAACAAAGUUUUUGGAGCUGUCCCGGGAGGUCCUGCAUUAUGGGUACAUACAACUGGAUCCCUGUACCUGCGACCACCCAGAACCGGGCUGUGGGGCUGUGCUUUCCAUUGGCAAUAAUGAGAUCAGCUGCUGUAUCACCCUUCCUGAUGGCCAGACCCAGGACGUCACUUUCCAGAUGAACAGGGUGAAGUGCUGGCAGGUCACCUUCCUUGGAACUCUGCUGGAUAUGGAUGGGCCGCAGCGAACUCUCAACCAGAACUUAGAGCUCAGAUUUCAGUAUAGCGAAGAUAGUCAAUGGCAGUGGUUUGUUAUUUAUACCAAACAGGCUUUUCUGCUGAGUAGCUGCUUGAAAAAGAUGGUCUCAGAGAAGAUGGCUAAGGCAGCUGCUGAGAGCCCAGAAAUGCAGAUUGAAGUUCCAGAACAAGGCAGAAUUAAAAAACACCUCGUUCCACCUAGCCAGAAAAACUAUUCUAUGUUUCUACGAAGAAAAAGCGAGAUCAAAAGAGCUGAAGGUGACUGCAUUUUUGGGACCAUAACGGAGGAAGACCUCUGAAGACAUCUCACCUUUGAAAAUGCCCUCUCAGGAUGUCUUACG